ACCAAGAGAGCCUUAUACACACACCGUUUAAGUAAAAUUCUUGAUGAAUAUCCUGACGGUUCACAAAUUCUUCGUGAAAUCCUACAAAAUUUUGAUGAUGCUGGGAGCACUGAGCAAAUUUUCAUUUUGGAUCACAAUACUUAUCCAUCGAAUAACUUGAUCCCGCCAGAUUUUGUUAACUCCGGUUUGAAUCUUG